UUCCUGAUUUGACCGUUCAAGAGUCGGGGGAUUGUCACUGACCUCUGGACUCAUCCCUCUCCAAUCAGUCAUCCUGUGCUAGAGCGGCUCUUGGGACCACAUGGGUGAAAAUGCAGCAUGGAGGGGGCUGCCCUGCUGGAGAAGGUGAACAUGACUGAGGAAUCUAUUUCUACUGGAUUUCCUCUGGAUCGUGCAAAAAUGCUUUUAAAACAUACUGGAUAAGAGCUGAACCACCUGUCUGCUUGAGACCUCCAUACUCUCUACUCCAGUGUCUUCUGAUGGCAUUUUGACUGCACCAAGGCCCCGUGACCUGUUGCUCAUGAUGAGUGAUGAGAAGAACCUUGGGGUGUCCCAAAAAUUGGUCUCCCCUUCAAGGAGCACAAGUAGCUGCUCCUCCAAGCAGGGAAGUCGACAGGACAGCUGGGAAGUGGUGGAAGGACUGAGGGGAGAGAUGAAUUAUACCGAGGAGCCAUCAGUUCAGAAAGGAUUUUUGCUGAAGAAGAGGAAAUGGCCUUUGAAAGGCUGGCACAAGCGAUUCUUCUAUCUGGACAAAGGAAUCUUGAAAUAUGCCAAAAGCCAAACUGAUAUCGAGAGAGAGAAGCUGCAUGGCUGCAUUGAUGUCGGGCUCUCGGUGAUGUCUGUAAAGAAAUCAUCAAAAUGCAUAGACCUGGACACCGAGGAGCACAUCUACCAUCUGAAGGUAAAGUCAGAAGAAGUCUUUGAAGAGUGGGUAUCCAAACUCCGCCACCACCGGAUGUAUCGUCAAAAUGAAAUCGCCAUGUUUCCACAUGAAGUUAAUCACUUUUUUCCAGGAUCCACCGUCACAGAGUCUGCAUCUGGGGUCUUGGACUCCAUUUCAAGUAGGAAGCGUAGCAGUAUAUCAAAGCAGAAUUCAUUUCAAGCCGGAAGCAAUUUAUCGUUUUCUUGUGGUGGUGAGACGCGGAUUCCAUUAUGGUUACAGUCUUCAGAGGACAUGGAAAAAUGCUCAAAAGACCUGGCACACUGUCAUGCCUACCUGGUGGAAAUGAGCCAGCUCCUCCAAAGUAUGGACGUGCUGCAUCGGACGUAUUCAGCACCAGCUAUCAACGCCAUCCAGGGUGGAACUUUUGAAAGUCCCAAAAAGGAGAAAAGAUCACACAGGAGGUGGCGGUCCAGAGCUAUUGGCAAAGAUGCUAAAGGAACGCUGCAGGUUCCUAAACCUUUUUCUGGCCCACAAAGACUACAUUCCUCCAAUCCUAAUUUGUCAACACUAGAUUUUGGAGAAGAGAAAAAUUAUUCCGAUGGCUCUGAAACUUCAUCAGAGUUUUCUAAAAUGCAAGAAGAUCUGUGUCACAUUGCCCAUAAAGUUUACUUCACUUUAAGGUCAGCUUUCAAUACCAUAUCAACGGAGAAAGAGAAACUGAAGCAGCUGAUGGAUCAGGAUGUCUCUUCCUCCCCCUCCGCCCAGGUGGUUGGGCUGAAGCAUGCCCUGUCAUCCGCCCUAGCACAAAACACAGAGCUUAAAGAACGCUUAUGCAGAAUCCAUGCUGAGUCUCUGCUCCUCGACCCCCCUGCUGCUGCCAAGUCGGGUGACAGUCUGGCAGAGGAAAACUCCGCGGACGACAGCCGACCUCUGGUCCACCAGCUUUCCAAUGAGAGCAGACUCUCCAUCGCUGACUCCCUUUCAGAGUUUUUCGAUGCGCAGGAGGUUCUGUUGUCUCCCAGCUCUUCAGAGAAUGAGGUUUCCGAGGAUGACUCGUAUGUCAGUGACAUAAGUGACAACCUUUCCUUGGACAAUCUCAGUAAUGAUUUAGAUAAUGAGAGACAGACCUUGGGACCUGUCCUGGAAGGUGGUGGGGAAACGAAGUCCAGAAGAAGGACUUGCUUGCCGGCACCCUGCCCCAACACCAGUAACAUCAGCUUGUGGAACAUCCUGAGAAAUAACAUAGGCAAGGACCUGUCCAAGGUGGCCAUGCCGGUGGAGCUGAACGAGCCACUGAACACGCUGCAGAGGCUCUGUGAGGAGCUGGAGUACAGCGAGCUACUGGACAAGGCCGCACAGAUUCCCAGUGCCCUGGAGAGGAUGGUGUACGUGGCAGCCUUUGCUGUAUCGGCAUAUGCAUCCAGCUACUUCCGAGCUGGGAGCAAACCCUUUAAUCCAGUUCUCGGAGAAACCUAUGAGUGUAUUCGCGAGGACAAAGGCUUCCAGUUUUUCUCAGAACAGGUCAGCCACCAUCCACCUAUCUCUGCGUGUCAUGCUGAGUCUGGAAAUUUUGUUUUCUGGCAAGAUGUGAGAUGGAAAAACAAAUUCUGGGGCAAAUCCAUGGAAAUCGUUCCCAUUGGCACAACCCACGUGACUCUGCCAGCAGAGUUGGAGCGCCCUCUGCUGUUCGCCCUGUGGUACUGUAUAUACCCACAGGCUGAGGCAAAAUACUGGAGCACUAAUGCCCGUGAGAUUGAAGGUGUGGUAUUGGACAAGAAUGGAAAGGCAGUGCAUCGGCUGUUUGGGAAAUGGCACGAAAGCAUCUACUGUGGUGGCUCCUCCUCGUCCGCCUGUGUCUGGAGAGCAAAUCCCAUGCCGAAAGGCUAUGAGCAAUACUAUGGCUUCACGCAGUUUGCACUAGAAUUAAAUGACAUCGAUCCGUUGUGUGUGUCUUCAUUACCACCUACCGACACCCGAUUUAGGCCAGACCAAAGGUUUCUGGAAGAAGGGAACUUAGAAGAAGCUGAAACCCAAAAGCAGAGGAUUGAACAGCUACAGAGAGAAAGGCGGCGGGUCUUGGAGGAAAGCAGCGUGGAGCACCAGCCUCGGUUUUUCAGGAAAUCAGAUGAUGAUUCCUGGGUGAGCAACGGCACCUAUUUGGAACUUAGGAAAGAUCUUGGUUUUUCCAAACUGGACCAUCCUGUCUUGUGGUGAAAAAGGAAAAAAAAAGAUGCAUCCUUUUAUUUCUUCUGUGUUUGCUUUCUGAAGCCACAAACCUGCAUCUCUAUAUUUAGAAGAUAUUAUCUAGAAUGAUCACUUGUGCUUAGCUUAGCGUUGUAUUUAAGUAUAUAUUUUCUUCGGUGGGUUUCUUUACAAUUUCAGAGGUUAUCACAAUUGUUUAUAUGAAUGUAGAACACCUUGAUAUUUCUUUUUAUACAUAAACUAUUUAAUAAAAAUGAAAGAUUAAAUGUUAAUGUGUGGGUUGAAAAAGAAGCUUUAACACUAAUUUUCCAAAGGCUAGGGAAAUGCAAAUUUAUGCCUUAUAAAAUUAUGUUGGAGGAAGAAAAUCCACCUCUCCCCAGUGCAUUAAGAAAUAAGAAUACCCAGGGUUACUCGCCCACAUACGUGUAAGCUACCCAAGUUUAAUUUGGUAGCUCAGAUCUCUUUUUGCCUCAGACAGCUCUUGAAUUGCUCAUACGAAACAAUUCUGCUGGUGCUGGAGUCCGAAGAAUAUUUGCAUUUGCAUUUUGGUGGUUGAGAGGAUGGUAUAAGUUUAGCAGAAUGUAUGUUUUUAUAUAAGAUGCAUAUGGCACCUUCUUGAAGAGGAAGCAUUUGAGCUCAUCCCUCCCUAUAGUUUUAUUGCCUUAUGGGCACAAUCGUACCCUGCUACUCAGAGAAAUUGCCGUGAAUCCAAGAAAUCCCUAUUAAUUAAAUGUCAUCAUGAAAUCCCAGAGAGGCAGUAGGUAAUUUCUCCUGGGUGAGAGCUGAAUCCCACCUUGUUUGAUCACAUCUCUGUUGAGUGUGGAAAGUCCCAGUUUAGUGUAAAACGUGAGCACAUUACACAAGCAGUUUGACUUUGUAAAAGUUUAGCAAAAUAACUGUUUUAAAAUACUGUUUUGGUAUUUCCUACCUCUUAAUAAGCACUGUAUUUUAGAUCUCGUGUAAAAAAUUUGACCAUCUGCCUUAUAGACAAACAUAGAGAAUUGACGUUCUUUCUUCGUGCUGUGUUCUGAUAAAGCUUUAAGUGUCUUAUCCCUUUCCUACACUUUUUUCUUACUUGCAUCACUUUUUUGGGAGUUUUGCAGCCGUCUUGAAUAAUACAGAUUAUGACUACAAAAAGGGGAAACUUUGUCUUUUUAAAUGUGUCAUUUCAAAUUACAAUAUAAGAAUGUGUGCGGUAGUUAAAUUGUGUUAUCAAAGCAAUUCCAACUUCUGCCCAGAUUACAUUAAAACCAAAGCCUAAUUUUUAAGCCUUUUACUCUAAUAUCCCUAAAAAUUCUAUGGAGUAUCAGAUAAAAUGGUAUAGUAUAAGGAUUUCUCUCAAAAACAUUUUUAGAUAUUUAAAUAGAUUCGGAGCAUAUAGAAGGUUAUGAAUAAAAAGUAGAAUAAAUAACAGAAAAAAAGAAUGCAUGAUUUUUCAGUGUCACACCAAAUAACCAGUAGGACAGGAUUGCAUUUUCAAAAUGGAAAGUUGUUUAAAGAGGAUCAGUAGCAUAUUUUGGAAUCUGCAAGUGACUGUCAUUUUAAAAACAAAAAUUGGCUCAUUAAAUAUUGCAUUCAUCCAUUCCAUUUUAUCAAGAUGUCAAGAUGAAUGCAAUGUGAAUAUCAUUCCCAUUUCUAAACAAUUAAAUGACACAGUCAAAUUCCUUGGUUUGUGCUUUGUUCUUUUCUUUUCAAGCAUGUAUCCAAAUUUUGCUCGCAGACAGGAAGAAGCAGACUGUAGAUUUAAGGGUACUCAAGGGGAAAACAAAUCUAGUUUUCACAAUGUGAAGGGGAAUGCAGAAUUUUAGUAAUAUUGACUAUUAAAUAGGCCUGCUCCAGAAGCUGGCUCAAAAAAUAAACAAAAAACAAAAAGUACAACCCAGACAGAUGCAGCUUUGUCAGGCAGCAUUUGGAAUUUCUUUGUCUCGAUGCUGUUAUUUCAAUUGAUAUUUUGCUUUAUUUUGGAAUCACAAGGCUAAGUGAACGGAAUAUCAUCUUUGUUACUAUCUUAUUUGAGAUGGGGAGGAUGUGGGGGAUUAGAACAUGAUACAGAACUGUAUGCAAAUUUUAAAAUCUGCUAGUCGUUACCAGCAUCUAUAAAGAGCUUUUCUGACAUUUGAACAGCUUGGUGAUGCAGCCUGAUAUAAUCUUAAAAUUACCUUGAAAGGGAAAUGGCUUCUUUUCUCCUUCAGUCCCCAUUUUUGAAAGCACCUUCCCACUAAUUUGUAACUGAAUGGCAUUUUAUAUUUCUAAGAUGAAGAAAACAGAAACACCCUAUUGUUUGGGAAGAAAUGAGGGAAAAUCUAAUUUUCUGGAUUUUGAAUCCCUCGAUUAAAUAAUGCUAAUCUCUGUACCAUUUGAGAUAACAUGUUUUAACCUCCAUUUUAUUCCUAACAGUCCAUCCCAAAUUUGUGGUGAAUGACACAGGUCUUCUUGGAAGUGGGACUUUGUGCGGUCCACCACAAGCCGUGGCCGCUACCCCAAGAUGCAGAUCUGUCUGAAGAAGAGCAGAUCACUUCUUUCCCCGGGCUCCAAAGCCUGGAUUGGUAUUUCCCUGAGUCAGAUGUAUUAAUCAAGUCUCAGUGCAGCUUUUCUGUGCCGUUCACCUGCAGGAAGCCAGGCUGGUGCUGGUAGUAAUUACACAGAGUUCACUUUAGGACAACAGUCUAGCUCUCUAUCAGGCCCGCAGAAUGCCCCAGUGAGCUCUGCAGUCUCCAUGUGCUUCCUGUGGGACACUUGAAGAGAAAAAAAUAUACAAACCAGUUUUUUAAAUGUUUACUUCUUUUGGGCUGCUGCUUUUCUCAUACUCUACUUUUAAUUACUUCCCAUAAAUCCUUUGCUUGGGCUUCAAGCAUUGUCUUUCAUCUGUAUUUUCCAGAUUUAUGAUGAGGUGUCUUGUUCUACUAUUAACAAUGUCAAUCCUAAAAGAGAAAUAAUAAACUACAAAGUUUGUAUUUGGCGGUUGCACCUUGCCGUGGGUCUUCUACACAUUCCCUAAGUCAUUUAUGCCUUCCGGCUAUCGUAGAAUUUCCUCAGACCUUUUAGUUAUGAGUAGAAGCAAUAAGAAGUUGUUCUUAUGAUCUUAGGAAUAAUAUAGUUCCAAUGUAUUGACACCAUUUAUGUGAAUAUCUUUCAUUUUGAUAUUAACAUUGGCAUAAAUCUAUUUUUGCUACCAGAUGAUAGCUAUUUUCACGUGCUCGAUUCUUUUCUGUGUUAUAUUAAUCUGUUACUCAGUGUUAGUCUUUAUUUUUCUGUGUUGGAAAUACGUAUCAUAAGUAUCUGCAAAUCAUGACAGUCUGAAAUGCAGACCAUUUUCUGAGACUGGUUUUGGGGAAUGCGAUGAUCAGAAGUUGCUCAUUUAUUUUAUUCGUGAUGAUUUUAUCUUCCUCUGUUACCCUCAGAGGAUAGUAUUUUUUUAAUGGCUAUUUGUAAAUCUUCCAUCUAACCAUUUACAAGAUUAUUUUCUGUUUAAAUCCCACCCUUUCACCCACCCCCCUCUGCCUCUCCCAAAAGCUUCCCCAAAAGACUAAUUUGUAUAUUCCCCUCAUGCAGCUAGUUGACUGAAUAAAUAACAUGGAAAAGGC